CGCCAGUACGCGAGUAUGAAGAUGGAGUACGCAGUGGUGUAGAUAGUUCGUUGCCUGCAUCUUUAACUGCUGUUUUUAGUUAUUUAUUUUCAGCAAUGGUCUGUUUUCUUAUUAAUUGUUUACGCUUUCCUUGUUAUUUAUGAGCUGCCUACCUCGCUACCUUUGUGAAGUGCUUGUUUGUGAGAACUUGGCAAGUUCAGUCUGACGACGUUUCUGAAACAGAUGAUGGACUGAGCAAAGUUUGGUGCCAAGAUGUCUAUGCAGGUUGCCAACAUAUCCCCAGGGGGGGCGGGGAGCAUACCCCUGGGGAGGCUCAUUGACUUCAUCUUGCAAAGAACUUAUCAUGAACUGACUGUGCUUGCCGAGCUGCUUCCUCGCAAGACAGAUGUGGAACGAAAGAUUGAGAUUGUGCAGUUUGCCAGCAGCACACGGCAGCUAUUUGUCCGGCUGCUUGCACUUGUGAAAUGGGCAGCAAGCGCAGCCAAAGUGGAAAAAUGUGCUAACAUCGUAGGAUUUUUGGACAAGCAGAACAUGCUGUUUGUGGAGAUGGCCGACAUUCUGGCCAUGAUGGCUAGAGAGACGCUCGUACAAGCAAGGUUGCCUAGCUUUCACAUACCAUGUGCUGUCGAGGUUCUAACCUUGGGCACAUACUCCAGGCUGCCCACAUGCAUUCGGGACAAGAUUGUGCCUCCUGACCCUAUAACCCCUGUAGAGCGGAAAAGCACUCUGCAACGACUGGAUCAGAUCAUCCAGUAUCGUCUUGUCUCGUCCGACCUGCCUUCCCAAAUGAGAUCGCACAGAAUUGAAAACGGAAGGGUAACAUUUCAUGUGGAACAUGAGUUUGAAGUGUCACUCACGCUGAUGGGAGAUGGGCCUCACAUUCCUUGGAGACUUUUGGACAUCGACAUUCUGGUGGAGGACAAGGAGACAGGAGACUGCAGGUCCCUGGUGCACCCACUACAAGUGCAGUUCAUUCAUCAGCUUAUCCAGGCUCGACUGGUGGACAAUCCAAAACCUCUGCACGAGCUCUACACUUGCCUACACUCCUUUUGCCUUAGUUUACAGUUGGAGGUAAUUCAUUCUCAGUUGAUACGGUUGUGUCGGGAGCGACUGGGUGAUUUUGUACGUGUUGAGGAGUACAAGGCAGGACAGAAUCUGGUGGUGCAAUACUGGAGGGACCAGAUGGCGAAGGAGCGGCACGCGUACCAGCUGAACAUCCACGUGGAUCCAGUAGAUCCUGGGAAGCCUCUUCGGGUGGCACAUAACCCGAUGCUUCCGCACAAAGAUGCUGUGUGGGCUGACCAGGCCAUCAAGUCGGAGUUCUUGUCAGUGGAGAAGCUUCUCAUUCAGACGAUCCACAUUCGAACAAAACAGCGUCUGUCUGAUCUCCGAGACCGGCUCAAAAGUUUUCUUGGGUCCUCCGUAGAAUGUCCAAUCCAGGGCUCGCCAGCUGUGCUGCAGGUUCCCCUUCUGCAGCCCUGCAUGCAGUCUGAGAACCUGCUCGUCACAGUGGACACCCAUACAGGAUACUUCCUGGCAUUUGUACCUCAGUACAAUCCGCCCAUGAUUGGUGACAUCCAAGAGGCACUCAACAAAGAUACCAGCAAGCUUGACAGCCUCCUGAUCGAUCUCAAGUUUUGGAUGACAGUGAAACGUUGCGAAAAGACGCUGCAGCAUCUGCCUGUUUUGACGACCACAACAAUUCCCUUGGUGGUUCCGCGGGGCCACAUUGCCAGCAAGCUGGGCCCGCACACCCUCUAUGUCAAGCUUUGCAAGCAUCAGAAUUUCUAUGUGGUGGUGGACUUGAAGGAGAGCCCAGGCAACCCACUGGACAUUGUACAGACCUACUACCUGAUGACAGUGAAGCCACAGGCUUUGCCAGACGAAGACGUGACCGCACUUGGCGGGGGAGUUUCUGCUCCCACCAGUGGUAUGACUGGUGGUGCUGCCACCCCUUCGGGAGCUUCUACACCAUUGAGCCAGUCAGGGAGUGGGGCAGCAUCUUCCGUUCCAUCCAGUACGGUGCCAACUACUGUCACUGUGGGCCGGAGUUCUGAGGAAGGCACAGCUAUGGAAACGGAACUGCCCAAAGCAUUUCUGCGAGUGGCCAACUUCCUCCAGUUGGACACAUUCGCCAUUGUGCACGGGCCCUGCACUAAAAUUGACAUGUCCUUGCUUUCUGCUGGUGGGAAGAGAAAGCUCGUUUCGGCUUCCAAUGAGACGCUGGCCAAGCAACCUCGUUAUGCGGGCUACUUCAUAAGUGAACUGGCCCAUGUGGUGGCCUUCUGUGAUGACCGCAUUCCUUUCUGCACCCUGACUGUAGAGCUCAACAAAAGAAACAUCUGCCACCAGGGUAUGCAGAUUGAAGCCAAUGGGACGAACUUCCUGGUCAAGAUUGUACAGAUGCCUGCAGGCGAAGACUGGGAGAAAGAGACAGCAGCAGCACUGCAGGCUGCAACACUGAGCUGCACGUUACGGCUUCAAGUCAAAGGCAUCAAGGCUUGGCAAGCUGAGUUUGUGUUCUGCAGCUGCCCGCUGCCCAGUCAGUCACCCAAGGAACGGGGCCCCCGGCGACCUGUGUGCUUCAUGUACGACUUUGCAGCUGGCGCACCUGCCCAGGUGGCAUCCAUGGUGGAGGAGAUGCUGCAAGACUGGAACACCAUCGGGCACCUCUACGGUGUUGUGCUGCGAUUUGCUGAGGCCCUGCGUCUAGACCAGCACAAUUCUCUCAUGUCUGUUGUGGACAUCAAAUCCUUCACGUACAAGAAGUUGGUUCUUGGUUAUGGCAUGAACAAAGCCAGCACUGUGACCAUCUACUGGCGUCACUCAGAGAAGCGCUUCCAUCUGGCUUUUGGUGUUGUGGGCCACACUGCUUCGGCCAGCAACCCACACACUGUGGUGGCUCCACAGCUCCAACAUGAGUUCAACCAGCACCGCUCGAUAGCCACAUUGGUUGAGGUGUUGAGAGACACCUAUGCACCACUCCUUUCCCUCACCAAGCUCCCAUCUGCACCUCAGCUCGGUGUCAUCAACAGUAGGCCUCAAGUUCCAGUUCAGACAUUUGUCAUAAUUCCUCAGUCAUCAACUCAUCUUCGCCUUGUAUAUAGAAAUACUUAUGUCCUCGACAUCCAGUGCCGGCCAGAGGGCUUUGUGGCAGUCAGGGACGGCGCAUACAGCAAAUUUGAUAAAACCAAGGCUGUCGAAGAUUUCACCCCAAUUCAGGGACUGAGGGCUUUCCUGAGCAAGUUUGUGGAUGAGAGUGCAUGCCAGCUACGAAGGCGCUCCCAGUCAGAGGAUGACAAUCCUCCGUCACCGAUCCCUACACUCGAAGGUAUGGAUUCCUUUUUGGGGACUGGGCUGCGGCCAAACUCACCAGCGCAGCGUGGGCAAGAUAGCAGUUCAGCCGCUGCUGCUGCAGUUGCCGCCGCCACAGGUGGACUGCGCUUCCACCAUCCUAUGACGCCACCCUCCAACCCUCACACACCAGCCUCACCCCACCCUUCAGUGCUGUCUCAGGCACAGAGCCCUGGGCACCUCUUUGGUGCUGGCUCCCCUGUGAACCCCCUCCACGCCCCCUCGCCAUCCUUUCUGGCUCCAUCCCCUUCGCAAGUGCCCAUGCCCAGCCCUGCCACACAAGGAUACAUGGCAUCCUCUCAGCAGCCUGGUAGCCACCCAGAGGGUGGGUCACCCUUUCCCACACCAGGGGGCUCCACAGGAAGCAUGUCAUUGUCGUCACCCAUUCCUGGUACGUGGCCAGGCAGCCCUUCAGUACCGCGCCCAUCCCCACGCCUGGCACCAUCACCACAUGCACCUCCGUCAGUUGGCGGUGCUCCCAUGCACAGCCCACAGACAGGUGCGCCUCUUGACCACAAGCCACCUUUGCCACAUCAAGGUUUGGGAAUGCCUGGAGGUGCGGCCCGAGUGCUUCCGCAGCGGUCGUGGGCUGCUGCCAUACCAACCCUGCUCUCACACAAGGCACUCGACUUGGCCUGUCAGAGUGGGGUUCAUGGUGGACCCAUGGGAGCUGGGGCACUCAUGGGAGGUGGCGCCCUGGCCCCACACUGUUCAUCGCUCGAACGCUUCCUUGGCUGUGUCUUCAUGCGCAAGAGCCUCCAUCGUGUGGUUCUGGGAGAUGAUAAUAUGACAAUGCUGGCUCCAGCAGAGCCUGGUGUGAUCCAGUUCCGGGCAGAGACGCUGCAGUGCCGUGUGAGCUUGAACCCCACCACACUGCAGUCGCUUCACCUCAAGCUUUCCCAGUCAGGGCCCACUGAACAGUGGGCACCUGAGGAGCUCCAGCUGCUGGAGCGAUACUUUGACACCAAGGUUGCAAGCUUCCCAUACAAGCCCAAUGCCUUCAUGUCAUUCACAAGGCUGCUUAAUGCACCCAUCAACAUUCUCAAAGACUUUGUUCAGCUAAUGAGGCUGGAGCUGGCCCCAGACCGGAACAUGAAGUGGAGCAUGCAGCUGUGCCUGACCAUUCCGCCUGCCGCGCCACCCAUUGCGCCCUCUGGCAUGAGCUCAAUCGUCAUGAUCAAGAACAAGAUGCUGUUCUUCUUGCAGCUGAGCCGGCUGGUGCCGGGCGAGCCAUCGCACAUAGCGGUGCCCGUGGUGUACGACUUGAGCGCCAACGUGAUGCAAGUGGCCGACAAGCGGCUCGAGGCCCCUGGGGCACAGCCCAAUGCACCUGUCACACUCAUCAAUGCCAUGCUGCGCCGCUUUGCUGAGUUUGCCCCACCCAACGAAUGCUGCAUCUAUCCAUCAAUUCGAGAAAUUCUCACCAGUCUCACCAUUCCACCUCAGUGACGCAUUCAUCCUGCAGGGCUCAGUCGCAUGAAGAAAGAAAAUGCAAAUGGUAUGCACACAUGCAAGUUGGAGAAAGGGGAAUCCUAACAUCACAAUAAAUUUCAUGUUCUGAGUUCACACUUUUAACAAAACAA